GGCAUGGGCUCGGGCCACCGUCACUGCCCGGCCGCCCGCCCGGACUGUCGCGGCCCGGAGUGGCCACGGCGGGGGCAGCAAAGUUUCCCCGGUGGCGGCCCGGGGGCGCAUCCUCCCGCAACUGUCAAGCGCUGGCGGCGGAAAUGAUGAGGCGCUGGCCAUUUUCCGAGCCCGGGUUUCCUGCCUGAGCCCCGCUCCAGAGAGCCGCGAGCGAGAGGAGCCGGCGCGCGGGAGAGGACGCGCCCGGGGCGGGGGCCCGCCCGCCCCCUCGGGAUUUCGGGGGGCCGGGGGCGCGCGACGCCAUGGGCCGGCCGGGCCCGGAGCCCCUGUCUCGCAGCCUGGCCGCCCGUGCCCGCCGCCCCCCGCCAUGAGCGGGCCCGCCCUGCAGCCGUCGGCCCCGCGGGGCUGGAGCGAGUUCUGCGAGCUGCACGCGGCAGCCGCGGCCCGCGAGCUGGCCCGCCAGUACUGGCUGUUCGCGCGCCAGCACCCGCAGCAGGUGCCGCUGCGCGCCGAGCUCGUGUCGCUGCAGUUCGCCGACCUCUUCCAGCGCUACUUCUGCCGCGAGGUGCGCGAGGCCCGCGCCGCCCCGGGCCGCGACUACCGCGACACGGGCCGCGGGGCCCCCGCCAAGGCCGCGACCCUGCCCGCGCCCGCCGGGCUGCCCAAGGCCCGCAGCUCCGAGGAGCUGGCCGCGCCGCGCACGCCGGGCGCCUGCUCCCUGCAGCACCUGCGCCGCAGCCUGCGCCACAUCUUCCGCCGCCGCUCGGCCGGGGAGCUGCCCGCCACCGCCACCGCCGAGGCCGCCGAGGCCCCCGCCAGGCCCGGCCUGGCCAGGAAGCUGCUGCCCUGGAGCCUGGCCCGGGAGCCACCACCCGAGGCGCUCAAGGAGGCCGUGCUGCGCUACAGCCUGGCCGACGAGGCGUCCAUGGACAGCGGCGUGCGCUGGCAGCGCGGGAGGCUGGCACUGCGCCGCGACGGCCCCGGCUGUCCCGACCGCCUGCUGGAGCUCUUCGACCCGCCCAAGAGCUCCAAGCCCAAGCUCCAAGCAGCCUGCUCCAGCAUCCGGGAGGUCCGGCGAUGCACACGCCUGGAGAUGCCUGACAACCUCCACACCUUCGUGCUGAAGGUGAAGGACCGCACAGACAUCAUCUUUGAAGUGGCAGAUGAGCAGCAGCUGAGCUCGUGGACGGCUGAGCUCCAGCAGUGCCGAGGCCUGGAGAGCACAGACGCAGAGGUGCCCUUUCCCUCCACACCUGAGCCUGGUCUGGCCAGCUCCCUGAGGGGAAGCACAGACUCCCUGAACCAAGGUUCUUCUCCUGGGACGCUGCUGGACCCAGCCUGCCAGAAAACGGACCAUUUCCUGUCCUGCUACCCCUGGUUCCAUGGCCCCAUCUCCAGGGUGAAGGCUGCACAGCUGGUUCAGCUGCAGGGCCCUGAUGCCCAUGGUGUGUUCCUGGUGCGCCAAAGCGAGUCCCGGCGUGGGGAGUACGUGCUCACCUUCAACUUCCAGGGCAGAGCCAAGCACCUGCGCCUUUCCCUGACGGAGCGGGGCCAGUGCCGCGUGCAGCACCUGCACUUCCCCUCAGUCGUGGACAUGUUGCGUCACUUCCAGCGUUCGCCCAUCCCACUCGAGUGCGGUGCCACCUGCGAUGUCCGGCUCUCCAGCUAUGUGGUAGUCGUCUCCCAGGCCCCAGGUGUGACCCCAACCCCCUUUGCUUAAAGGAGGGCUGGCACAGGGAACGGCACAGAGGGUAAAAGCUUGCUGUGGAGUAAGCUAUAGGGAGGCGUGGUGGUUCUGUCUGCACUUCGUGAAGACUCAGGGUGCUCUCUCUCGCUCACUUAUCCCAGGUUCCUGCAGCACUGUCCUCUUCCCUUUCUCCCUCUCACACUGGGACUCUGAGCUGGGCCUUCCCCACCUUGGCUCUGCUGGCUGUCCCCAUGGGCUCG